AUGAGUGAAGCAGCACAUGUUCUUAUCACUGGCGCAGCAGGACAAAUCGGUUAUAUCCUUUCCCAUUGGAUCGCCAGCGGUGAAUUAUACGGUGAACGCCCAGUUUAUCUCCAUCUUUUCGAUAUUCCACCAGCCAUGAACAGACUUACAGCUCUUACAAUGGAAUUGCAAGACUGUGCAUUCCCACAUCUUGCAGGCUUUGUUGCCACAACAGAACCAGAAGCAGCUUUCAAGGAUAUUGAUUGCGCAUUCUUAGUUGCAUCAAUGCCACUCAAGCCAGGCCAAGUCAGAGCAGACCUCAUCAGCUCCAACAGUGUUAUCUUCAAGAACACUGGUGAAUACCUCUCACAGUGGGCCAAACCAACAGUCAAAGUUCUUGUUAUUGGUAACCCAGAUAACACAAACUGCGAAAUCGCAAUGUUACAUGCCAAGAACCUUACAGCCGACAACUUCAGCUCCCUCAGCAUGUUAGAUCACAACCGUGCUUACUACGAAGUCGCUUCAAAGCUCGGUGUCGAUAUCCAUGACGUUCAUGACAUCAUUGUUUGGGGUAACCAUGGUGAAUCAAUGGUUGCUGAUCUUACACAGGCUACUUUCACAAAGGAAGGCAAGACACAGAAAGUUGUCGAUGUUCUCGAUAAGGAAUACGUUUUCGAUACUUUCUUCAAGAAGAUCGGACACCGUGCUUGGGAUAUUCUUGAGCAUCGUGGCUUUACAAGCGCUGCAAGCCCAACAAAGGCCGCUAUCCAGCACAUGAAGGCUUGGUUGUUCGGAACAAAGCCAGGAGAAGUCCUUUCUAUGGGUAUUCCAGUUCCAGAAGGAAAUCCGUACGGAAUUAAGCCAGGAGUUGUCUUCUCAUUCCCAUGCAACGUUGACAAGGAAGGCCACAUUCAUGUUGUCGAUGGCUUCAAAGUUAACGAUUGGCUCCGUGAAAAGCUCGAUUUCACUGAAAAGGAUCUUUUCCACGAGAAAGAGAUCGCUUUGAACCACCUCGCAGAGUAA